CGGGCAGUUGGGACUCGGGUGCCGCCGAGCCGCCGGGGAAGGGGCGCCGGGCCCUGGUCUGCGGGCCGCCGCCAUGUACGGCUCUCCGUCGAGCACCCGCAAGCAGGCUAACUUCGCCGCGAAUGCCAUCUUACAGCCAAAGAGGUCCAUUAGCUUUGUGGCAUCAAGAGCAAGCGGAGGGAAAGGACCUGCUGGCAUGAAUCAAAGCAGAUCGUCAAAAACUAUGAUGUCUUUAACUGAGACAAAGUCAAUAGAAAAACUGAAUGUUACUGGCUCUAAGACAGUACAGGUGUUUGAUGCAAGAGGAGUUGAUGUUACCCCCCGGCCUCUCUACCAUCCAGAUCCUCAUCUUGGAGCAGCAAAGCCAAGUAAACUUCUGACGUCAGAAGAUGGAUCGUUUGGAUCGGAUUUUAUUUCUUCCUAUAGCCUGUAUCAGAAUACAGUAAACCCCAGUAUGUUUGGGCAGCUCACAAGGUCAGUCCUAGGGAGCAGUUCAGUGUCUAAGUCAAGUGUAUCAACAACUGAAUCAAUGGCAGAGGACCUUGAAGAACCAUCUUACAAAAGGGACAAAUUGGCUAGUUUUACAGAUGUACGAGUUUUGAGGACCACACCUGAACUAGCUAUAACAAAGGAAGAUCUGGAGAAGAAUAUAGAAAUCAUUCUCACUGAGACGGGAACACUGAGAAUUUUUGACCUGCCAACAGUCAUGUUCUCAGUAGAAUCUGAAGAUGCUGAGAAAAUAGUAGAGAAAAAUAAAAAUUAUGAAGUUCUUUGUAAAAAUAGAUUAGGCAAUGACUUGUAUGUAGAAAGAAUGAUGCAAACAUUUAAUGGAGCACCAAAGAACAAAGAAGUUCAGUGUGACAAAAUCAUAAUGGAGGAAAAAGGCGUAAUGGCCACUGCCUGGGAUUUAUAUGAUUCUUUCAAUGCUGCAGAAGUUCUGCUAUCAGCAAAAUCAUCUGCAUUUUCAAGUAAAGGAAAUUUACUUGCUAAACACCAGGACUCCAAACAACAAGGAAAUGAAAGUAGUUCCCUAAUGGAUAUAGAAAAUGUGAUUCUGGCUAAAGUUCAUGAUGAUGAAGAAGACCAGUCAGAGAUGAUAUUAAAAUUGGACAGGCUUCAACAAGGCUUAUUUUACAUGGAAAGAGUUUUAAUGGAAAACAUAUUUCAGCCAAAGCUUGCUGCCUAUCGUCAACUCCGUGUUUUAAAAGAACAGCAACCUGGGGGGUCUGAAGAUGUUUCGAAGGAGGAAAAGUCGGUGACAACAGAGAGUGAGAUUAAGAAGGAGGAAGAAGAAGAAGGAGAAGGAGAAAAAGAACUACAGAUAAAUACAGAACAGUCAACAAUACCAGCCAAUUUGGAACGGCUCUGGUCGUUCUCCUGUGACUUAACUAAAGGCCUCAAUGUGAGCAGCCUUUCCUGGAACAAAGCAAAUCCAGACCUUCUGGCUGUUGGCUAUGGGAACUUUGGAUUUAGAGAGCAAAAAAAAGGAAUGGCUUGCUGCUGGUCAAUAAAGAACCCCAUGUGGCCAGAGCGUAUUUAUCAGAGUCAAUUUGGAGUUACUUCUGUGGAUUUUUCAAUCAGCGCACCUAAUCUCCUAGCAAUUGGCUACCACAACGGCACGGUUGCAAUCUACAAUGUGCAGAACAAAAAUAACGUUCCAGUGCUGGACAGUAGUGAAUCACCUCAAAAACAUUUGGGACCUGUUUGGCAAGUGCAGUGGAUAGAGCAAGACAGAGGAACUACCGGGGUUGACAAGAGAGAAAUCUUGGUGUCUAUAUCAGCCGAUGGAAGGGUCUGCAAGUGGGUCAUUCGCAAAGGACUGGACUGUCAUGAUUUGAUGCGACUGAAGCGAAUGAGUACCUCAAACAAAAAGGGAGGAGAAAAGGAAAAGAAAGGCGAGGCUCUGAUAUCUCGACAGGCCCCAGGAAUGUGCUUUGCUUUCCACCCCAAGGACACAAAUAUCUAUCUGGCUGGUACAGAAGAAGGCCUUAUUCACAAGUGUUCCUGCUCAUACAAUGAGCAAUACCUAGAGACCUAUAGAGGACAUAAGGGGCCAGUGUAUAAGGUUGUAUGGAACCCACAUUGUCCUGAUGUCUUCCUGAGCUGCUCUGCAGACUGGGGGGUCAUAGCCUGGCGCCAAGAAACCCUCACACCGUUGCUGAGCUUUUAUACAACUACUCAUGUUGUUUAUGAUAUUGCCUGGUCUCCAAAAUCCGCCUAUAUUUUUGCCGCUGCAAAUGAGAGUAGAGUAGAAAUUUGGGACCUUCAGGUCAGCACCUUGGACCCUCUGAUUGUGAAUGUUGCUAACCCUGGAAUCAAGUUUACAACCGUUCUCUUUGCCAGAAAGACAGAUUGCCUUCUAGUGGGAGACAAUGAUGGCCAGGUGGCUGUCUAUGAACUGAAAAAUAUGCCUGCUGCAUCGGAAUCUGGCCGGGGAGAUGUAGUAAACCUUCUGCUUGGACUCAAGACAAACCAGCCAGGAUAAUCCAUUAUUCUUGUUUAAGGGAAAGGGAAUAACAUUAUAUGCUGUAAGCUUAAGAUUUUGGUUUUAAGAGAGCAAUAAACAGUCUAUG